AUGACUUCCGCCUACAGUCCAGACCAGAUAUCUCAAUAUCUGAACUUCAUUGACCUCCCCCAGCAAUGGCAUCCUUCCGCCAAGCCCUCCCUGACCCUCGACUACCUCACCAUCCUACAUAUCCACCAGAUCUCAACAAUCCCUUACGAGAAUCUCUCAUUGCACUACGCCAAGGACAAGAAAGUCGACCUCAACCCCCAAGUCCUUUUCCAUAAAUUUCUGAGCCGCAAGCGAGGCGGCUACUGCAUGGAGACCAGCAUAUUCUACUAUCACAUCCUGCGUGCUCUCGGCUUCCAGGUGUAUACUGCGGGGGUGAGGAUACGCUUGAGGAAUGAGGGAAGGCCGUACGGGAAGUAUAUUGGGUGGGUCCACGUCGUGAAUAUAGUCACCCUGCCUGACGGCACGAAAUACAUGAUUGAUGUCGGCUUCGGUGGAGAUGGCGCCACCAAGCCCUUACCUCUCAUUCACGGCCACGUAGAACACAACCUCGGCACGCAAGAUGUCCGGCUGGUGCUCCAACCUAUUCCAGAUCAGGUCGACCAGUCGAAGCCGCUGUGGAUCUACCAGUAUCGAAAUUCGCCAGAAGAUGACUGGAACUCAUACUACGCUUUUCCCGAGGUCGAGUUCCUGGAAGUCGAGUUCGGGAUCUUGAACUACUGGACGAGCACGAGCCCGGAUAGCUUUCAGACGACUAGUAUGCUGGUGGUGAAAUUUCAGCGGGACGGUGAUCAGAUUGUGGGGAAGCGGAUGCUGUUCAAUCAUUUGGUGAAAGAGAAUCCGGGCGGGAAGACGAGGCUUGUCCAGGAGUUGAAGACGGAAGAGGAGAGAGUCGAGGCAUUGAAGGUUUGGUUUGGGCUGGCGCUGACGGGGGAAGAGCAGCGAGGCAUUAGAGGCCAUAUCACCGAGCUGGGACGAGGCAAACAGUGA